AUAUUUUUGGGGUCCAUAAAAUAAUGCAAAUUCUUUUUUUUGUGCUGUUUUGUAUUUUCUCGUGGAGUUGUGUCAAUUUUAAAUUUUAUCCUUGCUUUAUGUGGCAUUAGUCUGUGCUAUAUUACGUAUAAAAAUGGCUUGUAUAGAACAUUUAAAGAAAAAAUAUAAAAGAACACGUUUUAUUUAUAUAGUGGUGCAGAUUGAAAACAUGGAUUCUUGGGUUUCAAUAUUUGAUAUAAGGCAGUGUAAACAUAAUGAAUUGAUGCAGAAUAUUUAUGACACUGUACAAACCUUGCAGACACUUAAGGAGACUCAAUAGGAAACUAUGUUAAAAGUGAAACUUCUACUGUUACUACAACAGCAAAUUUUGUGAAAAGUUGGAAUCUACAUGCCUCAUUCAUUACUUCAAUCUUUGUUGCAUGAUAUUAAAUCCUGUCUUCAUGCACAUUCACAUAUCCUGCAUAGCAUACCCACACACAAUCUGUUUCAACACCCUAAAUUAUACUUUUAACCACAAAAACUACAGAUGGGUGUUGAUGUCAGAAAGUAUGACAACAUACAUUCAAAGCUUCAUUUGAAAAUCUCCCUCUCGGAUCCCACUCAAGAAAAACACAUUGUUAUAUGUUAUAAAUGGUUUAUAUGAUGCAGAUAUUUCUAUACUACAAGGUAAAUAAUAAAACGGACCGAUAAACUGAAAAAAACCUCUCUGUAGGGUCAGUCUUAGUGAUGAAAUGGCAAACUGUUACACAUUAGUGCAGCCAAUACUCUACACUUCACUGUGUAUCCCUCAGCGUGUGCUUCAUAUUGCAUUGAGUCACCUUUGGUCUGCGUUAGGAUGAGUCUGCAAUGGACCAGACACACUAAUACUAAUAUUGACCGUAGCUACAAUACGGUGGCUUGCCCUGAUGUGGUGCUUGUGUGCGGCAGCGCGUGUCUGUGUGGUUCCACUUGACAAAACCAACACCUUCUCAGGUCAAAGCGUAGCCUUCCAAAGUUCACCUGCACCUGGUCUUCUCAUAAAGGCCCACUCUGGCGUGAGACACACGGCCUGUGAUUGAUGGAAUCAACAGAGGGAAGCAUUUAUUGAAGCGGAUAAACGAUGGGUCGAGCGAGGGAAACAUAGGAAGCGAGACAGAGAGAGACUGAGAGAGAGAGAGGGGGAGAAAUGAGCUGCAUGUGGCACAGCAGUUAACCUGCAAAAAUCAGGCUUUGGAAUUGAGGAGCGAGGAGCAUCUCUGUGAUGCUAUCUGACGCGCCGUUAUUGCCAUGGCAUGUUGCACGUUACGUCUACUCAUAGAUCUGCACAAGUGGCAACAUCCGCGCACACAUAGAUGCACACAUCUCUCGGAUGUCGGCUUUUUGUGUUUCUCCAGUGGAAGCUAAAUGAAAGCAUUUCUCUAUCGCUAUUCGGGCCGGUCUGUGAGUGAUGUCACUGAAGGAAGGUGAGGUGUGUAUGCUUUUUAAGUCACGUUGGUGUCAAAGCAAAACAAUUGCCUCUCCGAUGUUAGAGAGGAAUCUAAACUUUUUCCUCUUCCAAAUUCAUUUUUUCUCCACAGUUAAAGCAGCAGGGAUGGCUGGUUUAGAUAUUACACCUUUCGUGAAGACUUGAGAUAACGCAACCGUGUGUCACACAGCAGUAAAAGGUGGAUGAUUAGCUCAAAUGGACAAACAAAGUGGGUGAAGAGAUAUUGCAGUGGGGCCGGUAGAGAAAGGGGAAGGAGAGGACAGGGGUGGUUUCAAAAUAAGAGGGAUGAGGAGCAGGAGGAAGGGCCCACCAGUCAUCUUCUCCUGCACCAGUCUCAAUGGACUUUGUCCUUCUGCAGCACGGCCGGAAGAAACCUGAGUGGACACGUUGGCCGGCCCAACGGUCUGUUAGCCAUCCUCUUAAACCCUCACUCGGGAGGGAGGUGGGAAGGAGGAGGAGGCAAAGACCGGAUGGCUGAGAAGAAAGGAGAGCAAAAAGCAACAGCCGAACAGACAGAGAGGCGAGAAGAACUAAAGUGAAACAACAGAGAUUUUAUUUAUUUUUUACCACAUGACAACAACAUUUUUGUCCCGUUAUGUGGAUUGAUACCAAAGCAGAUGUGGAGGAGAACAGCAGGACUCGCGCCAGCCGCAGUCAGCGUGUGAUGAGCGGCCUGCUGUUGUGUACUGGCGACAUGAAGCAUGUGGAUAAGUACAUGCAUGACAAGCAGUUUGUGCUGCAGCUGGCGGUGUGGGGCCUGAGAGGGGUGGCCAGAGUGAUCCUGGCCAACAACCCGCUGAGCGGGGCUCUCAUCCUGGCUGCACUGUUCUGGGACUCCCCCUGGCAGGGCCUGCUGGGAACUCUGGGUGUACUGGCCUCUACGCUAACAGCUGUAAUCAUAGGACAAGACAGUGCGGAGGUGGAAGGAGGUCUCCAUGGUUUUAAUGGCAUGUUGGUGUCUCUGCUGAUGGGAGUGUUCAGCUCUGCAGGACCUUGGUACUGGUGGCUGCUGCUGCCUGUCUGCUUUGGCUCAGCUAUGUGUGUCUUUCUGUUCAGUGGACUCUCCUCGGUGUUGGAUCGCUGGGACUUGCCUGUCUCAGUGUUUCCCUUCAACACCAUUAUUGUCCUUUACCUCCUCUGUACCGGCCCAGACAACCCUUACUUUCCGCACCACCCGGCUGCGCCACCGGGGAUGACAGAUCACAAUGGCACCGAACUGAUUGCAGUAGAGAAAUACACUGUCCCAGCGUCACUAAGAUGGGUGAGGAGCCCCCCAGGAAGCCUGACCACAGUCGAAAGGAAAAAGAAAAGCAUACAAAUGCUACGACGGGUGGUUUUGCCUCAGAGCCUCAGAGCUGUCCAGGUCUCCUCUGCAGGGACGUUGAAGAUACUGAGGUUACGCGUGGCAUCCUCCUGGGUGUGGGUCAGAUCUUUGCCUGUGGAGCUCUGUGGCCCUCCCUCCUCAUCCUCGGGGCUGUUCUGCUCUACUCACCCCUGCUGGCCGCUCACGCUCUGCUGGGAUCGGCAGUGGGAACGAUGGCUGGUCUAUCCAUGGCGGUGCGUCAUGAAUCUCUGUACUCAGGCCUGUCAGGGUUUAAUGGAUCCCUGGGCUGCAUGGCUGUUGGAGGACUCUUCUUCACCUUCAGCUGGAGGACACACCUCUUUGCCAUCGCCAGCGCUUGUCUCCGUAACAAGGUCAACCGCAGCCAACAUCCGUACCUUGUUACUGGACACACGUCAGCGACCUGGAGAGAGAUGAAGUCGGACUACCAGCCUGCAGUUGGGCAGCUACUCUGACAGCUACACUCAUGUUGCUGCUGACGGGCAGUUUAGCAGCAUACCGCAUCCCGAUGGCUCAGGUCAU